UGACAACAUCAUGGACAAUGCUGGAGUGGAAAUGGUGGAUCACCAAGCGGACAUCUAUGAUGAUGCAGUGGUCUUCAUAACAGGUGCCACGGGAUUUGUGGGCAAAACGCUGUUGGAGAAGCUACUCUGGUCUUUUCCACGGAUUAAACGCAUAUAUAUGCUAAUCCGUCCCAAGGGUGGAGUCACGGUGGAGGAACGUUUUCGGGUAUUCCUCCAGAAUCCCAUCUUUGAGCGUCUUUCGUUGGAGCACCCGGAGAGGCUGAAGAAAAUCUUUCACUUUUCGGGAAACAUUGAAGACGACAACUUUGGUUUAAAUGAAACCGACAGAGCCGUGCUAUGUGCCGAGGUGAACAUUAUUUUCCACAGUGCAGCUACGGUGCGCUUCAAUGAGUGCCUGAAGGUCUCGGCACGAGUCAACUCCCAGGCCACGUACAAUCUUCUGGAGCUGUGCAGGGAGAUGGCUCAACUACGGAGUUUCCUUUACGUUUCCACGGCCUAUUGCAAUCCGGGUCGCAAGUAUGUGGAUGAGCAGGUUUACCCAACGAUGCCACCGGUGGACUGGCGGCAAUUUCUCGCCUGCACACAGAAGAUACCCGAUGACUAUCUGAACCGACUGGCGGAUUAUAUUAAGGGUCCUCAUGUAAACACUUACACCUUUACCAAGUCCAUAGCCGAGCAGAUAGUCAACGCCUAUAGACAUGUCAUUCCCAUUGUCAUCGUGAGGCCUUCGAUAGUUACGGCGGCUUAUCGGGAACCUUAUCCCGGUUGGAUCGAUAAUAUUCAGGCUAUCAGUGGUAUAAUGAUGGAGAUAGGCAAGGGAGGGAUCAGCAGCAUUCUGGGGGACAAGGAUUUGAUAUGCGACAUAAUACCAGUGGACUUUGUGGCCAAUGCAAUGAUCAUGAUGAUUGGCAAGGCAAAGUUGGGCAGCUUAAGCAUCUGCAAUGCCACCUCGGGAGUGACCAAUCCCAUCACCUGGCAGCGUUUAGGAGAACUCACCAUGAAGUGGUCCCGCAUUUAUCCCACACGGCGUAUGAUUAUGUUUCCCAACUUCAAGUACAGAUGUAGUGCCAUCAAACAUGAAGUGGCAGUGUGGGUCCUGCACUUUGUGCCCGCCCUGCUCAUGGAUCUGCGAACCCUCCUCCUGGCCCAGAAGAAGCGUCUGGUCACUCCCAUAGCCAAGAAGUUUCGACAGGCUUGUCUGGCAGGAAGCUUCUUUUCGCUGAACGAAUGGAUUUUCAAGAAUAAAAGUCGAUACUAUUUCAAGGAUCUGAUCAGUAAUGGCACAUAUCCCACGCUCUAUUGGAAUCUUGAGGAACUUGACUACGAUGACUAUGUCCGACGCCACAUGAUUGGGAUAAAUAAAUACCUUCAUCGCGAAAAGUUCACCGUUGAGGCAAAUAAAUUCUCGGUGACUAGGAUCUAUUGGUUUUGGAUCUUCCUGCACCUGAUUUUCUACAUGUUGCUGGUUCUCUUUAUAUUUUAGUUCAAGAGUGCCAUUA